AUGAAUCUGGUUACUCGUGUCUCUAACUUUCCUCAUGGUGAGUGCCAAAAAGGAUCAUUCGGGGCGCUAAUAAUUGGCUACGAACGUGACUGUGUCAACACGUACUGCGAGUACACUGGUCGGAUGUACGGAUACUUUUGGACACCUUUCAAACGUUCACAACCACAUGUCAAAAUAGAGCAUUGUGUAUACUUAACUGCUUUUCAGUGCUAUCAAAAAGAUCUUAAAGUAUGUGAAGACGAAGACUUGUGGUAUGAUUUCUGCAACGUGUGGACUGUAUGCCCAAGAGCAGAGCAUUGUUUUUCGUCUAGUACAGGCUUUUUAGAAAAUCGAUGCUCAUGUUAUAAAGGACCACCAUACCGGUUUGCACUUAAUCGGAUGAGAAGUAUGCAUUCGAGAUGGUUUCGAUUAAUAUUUCUAUACGGUAAUAAUACAUUCAUCGCACAGAGCAACACCUUUAACCGUCAAAUUGAACCAGAAAACUGGAAUCCUCUAAGUCCACAGCCGUCAACUGCAGGACACCAUCGAAUGCAAGCAGAAUCAACCCUUGUUCAGAUGAGCGCUGUGUUUGCUGUCCUACUUUCUAUAACCAUUUGUUUGCAAAGCUCCGAGGGAAACAGCGGACUUGCAAUGUUUGAAAACAAUCCAAAUUAA